CUUGAACCGAGUGGCGGGUGUAUCAGAACUGACAAUACGCGUGCUAGCUUCUUGGCUGCACAGUUGUCGUUCUAUUCCUUGACAGAUCCGCCAGUCCAGAAGUGGUUGUGCCAUGCCCAUCCAGUGUAGAUUUUACGAGGAUUUAUUUCCUGACGUUGGGGAUGUUGUCGUUGUGAUGGUGAAAGUCAUACAGUCAAUGGGCAGCUAUGUAGAGCUACUAGAAUACAAGAACAUUGGAGGCAUGAUAUUACAUAGUGAACUGUCACGUCGGCGUAUACGAUCUAUUAGCAAGCUGGUUCGUAUUGGAUCCAAUACGGAAGUAACAGUGGUCCGUGUUGAUAGUGACAAAGGUUAUAUCGAUUUGUCAAAAAGAAGAGCAUCUGCUGAGGAGAUAGCGAAAUGUAAAGAAAGGUUUGCUAAAGCAAAGGCGGUUAACCAGAUAUUGAGAAAUGUUGCCGAAAAGUUAAAUUACGAGACUGAUGAACAGCUUGAAGAGCUAUGUAAGAAGACUGCUUGGUACUUCGAUAAGAAAACAGGCAGAAAAGCUGGGUCUUAUGACGUUUUCAAAAGAGUUGUCAACUCACCAGAGAUUCUGGAUGAAUGUGAUAUAGAUGAAGCAACGAAAGAAAUGCUUCUUAUAGACAUCAGACAUAGAUUAACACCGAAAGCAGUCAAAAUUCGUGCUGAUUUUGAAGUUUCAUGUUUCACUUAUGAUGGUAUAGAUGCUGUCAAGAGUGCACUUCGAUCUGGACUGGAUCUUAAUUCAGAUUCUCUUCCUAUCCGGAUUAAUUUAAUAGCACCACCGCUUUAUGUGUUAACGACACAAACAAUGGAUAGAGCUGCGGGUCUAGACCAUUUAAAUGAAGUAUUGAACGUCAUCAAAAAAUCAAUUGAUAGUCAAGGUGGAUCAUUUAAGAUACAACAAGCACCUCGUGUUGUUUCCGACACAGAUGAAGCCGAUCUUCAACGUCAAAUGGAUGAAUUAGAGAAAGCAAAUCGUGAAGUUUCCGGUGACGAGGAUGAUGACGAUGAUGAUGAGGAGGAUGAAGAUGAUGAUGAGGAAGGGGAAGAUGAAGAAGCGUCAGAGGAUGGAGAUCAAAAUGGACAUAAAUAAUACUAUCCUUUCGUAGUUUACUGUCGAAUACCUGGAUAAAUACAAUGUGUAUGGCUCUGAAUUCUUGUUAUUACACCGUACUUA